AUGUCCACUCCACAACCGCCUGCCCCACUCCCGAUGUCCAUCACACCGGAAGCUGUACAACAACCAAACCAACGUAAUCCAAAUCUCCAUACCACGCCUAAUCAACCUACUCAUCCCAACUCAGAUCUUCAAUACCCUCACACGUCUAAUCAACCUUCUACUCAAAACAAUUUCAAUCUCCAUCACACCUACGCGCCCAAUCAACCUUACAACCUCCCGUUUCAUAACACAAACGUACAAAAUCCUUACUUCCAGCUUCAUAACCAACAAGUCCAACACGUAUCACCUCCUAACGUCACAGUUAAUAACCCACACUUACAAAAUCCCAACUUCCGCGACUAUAACCAACACAUCCAACCUCCCAACUUCCCGCUUCACAACCAACACAUUGACCAAACCCCUAACUUCGCGUCUCAUAACCAACACAGUCAACCUCUCAACUUCGCGUCUCACAUCCAACACAAUCAAUCUCCUAACUUUGUGUCUCAAAACCAACACAAUCAACCUGCGUAUUGGUACCAUCCACCUGGAGGUUCGCAUCCUCCAACUCAAACUCAAUUUGCGCAAUCUGGCUCUGUCCCAUCUGUCUACUUGUAA